AUGAUUCUCUCUUCUUACAAUUUUCAUAUUGGACGAACGAAUGGUUCGCUAUUUUGUGAUCUGAUGUGGCCCGUUGGCAAAAAUAUGAGAACAAUGACUGCUCAAUGUUUCUAUAUACCUGUUCAUGGGCAAAUCACAAAUCAUUUUUUAUAUGGCAUUGUUCAGAACAAUGCGGCACUAUUCGCUGGAAUACAAUCUGAAUAUAAUGAUUCUACAGAAAUUCAAAUACUACUUUAUACGCCAAUUCAUGAAGGAUAUACACGGUACAAAGCAAAAACGUUGGGACAAUUCAUCUUGUUUCUUGAAAUUGUUAUGGCUGCCUCUGAAAUUGUGGAUGAGUGA